AUGUCGGUUCUUGCGUUCAAGGCGAUCGGUUACGGUGCGGAGCAGAUACCAGACAAAUUCUUCGAAAAGAUCCCAGGCGGUUAUUUCAAGCCUGAAGAGAAGAAGAAAAAGGGCAAAGCCAGUCGAUCGCCACCCGAAGAGAAGAACAGGCGCAACGGUGAACGAUCACGACGAGAGCGCAGCCCGCAAAACGACUAUUCAGAUGACAGCGAAUACGAUACAGACCACGAAGAAGAGUUCAAAAGGAAAGAGCGCAGACGCCGGAAGAAUUCAGGAAGAAGCACUAGCAGAAGCUUAAGCCGCGGAAGAGACAAGCAGCGCGGCGGAGACGUGGACGAAGAGCGCAGCGACAAAGACAUGGCGUAUCCCGAGCAAGGUCAGGGUCAAGGACCGUAUUUCCCACCACCGCCAACGUCCGAGUAUAGGCCGUACGACCCCCAGGAACAUGCCUCCAGGCGAAGCCAGGAUGGUUAUCGACCAACGUCGGCCCAGCCUCAGUACGGCUACCCAAACCAGCCAGCAGAUUUUCAGCCAUUCCCUGACCAGCCGUCCAUCAACAGACGUGAUGGCACCUCGCCGCCUGCAGUAGCAUAUGGUGACGAGGCUGCACAUCGCUAUGAGGAGAUACAGCGUGCAAAAGCAGGAAGCACACAGCAUCCGCGAUCCGGUUCGGCAGCGCGCUACACUCCUGGCCCUGGCUAUGCGCCAUCUCCUGCAGUGAUGCCUACUGUGCCAAUUCCACCACCACCUGUUGGGAUGAAUUCUCCCCCAGUUGGCACAAAUGCGCCAUAUGCUCCUUACAACCCCGCGACCUAUGCUGGCCACGAUCCUGCUUACGCUCCCGGAAACGGUUACGCCUCACCUCCACCAUUCUACCGUCAGCAAUCACGCUCCCAGCCUACCUUUGACCAAAAUCAGCGUUACUCUUCCUACCAUACUCGCGGUUCUGACCAGCAAGUCUCCCAGUACAAUGACCGCCACUCCCCAAGCCGCCGUAGCAGUACCAAGCCCGACCGUCGAGAACAUCGGCAUAGAGCUAGGUCUGCAGAUUCCCGCAAUUCUCGUCGCGAAAGUUCUCGUAUGUCUGACAUGCGUGCAAGGUUCGACGAUAUGGAUUUGCGCACAAAGAAUCUAGGGGCGACAGUGGCUGGUGCGUUGGCAGGUGGCUUUGCGGGCAGGGCUGCAGGUAAGAGUAGGCUGACAAUGCUAGCAGGUGCCGCAGCCGGCGCGCUGGGUGGACAGGCCAUUGCUACUAGAAAUCUCGACAGGGCCAAAGACGAACACGGGCGACUCCCAUCGCGCUCACGCUCACGCUCACGAUCUCGACACCACAAGCGUGACGAUCGCGACCGCAGCCGUGAUCGGAAGAGCGGUGGUGGCCUCAGAGCUAGAAGCAGAAGUAUCAUUGAACGUUUCCGCUCAAAGUCCCAAGGUCGAGACGAUCGCGACGACCGCGAUAGACACCAUGACAGCGACAGUCACUACGACAGUGACGACCGCCGCCGACGUCGUGCCAGGAGCAGAGAUAGUCGACGUCCCGAUCGUGGUUACAAGGUUCAUGAGGAACAUGAUUACUUGACUGAAGCUGAUUCGGACGGCGACGGAUCACCUGUCGUUCAGCGCAGGAAGAAGACUACGAAGCGAAGGGACUACUAA